AUGGCAUCCUUCGUACUUACCAGGUGCAGUACAGAAGCAGGAUGGUGCCAUUGGCGAGGGUUUCGCAUCUUUUCCCGGGCUAUUCUACAGCCAACUCUUAUGCAGUGGACGUCACAGAGCAGACCUUGCAGCAGCCAACCGUCAGUCAACUUCCCAGUAUCCAUACGGAGUACUUCGGCCUUCCUCUGCAAUAUUUGCAGCCUCCGUACAACAGUUGAGCGGCUGCCAGUCCAUCGACAACAACGUUGCUGCAGCGGAGCGACGGACACCAAUGGACAUUCGCCAGUCGAUGGCUGA